AUGGCCAAUGUACGGUGGAAUAUCCAUCGCCAAUCGGCAACAACAACGAUCCGUCUUGCUGCUCUGUUCUGCCUCCUAGUGCUUCCGAGCUACACCGAAGCGUCCACCAGCAGCGUAUUCAAGGCACUGUUAAUCGGUGCCAGCACACAGUCCGUCACGUCCAGCACACUGUCCUGGGAGAAGUUUAGCGAAGCCGAAACGCACCUCCAGUUUGCCGUGAAAACGUUCGAGCCCGAGCCACAUUCGCGGGAAACGGCUGAAAGUGAGCAGCUACAUCCGCACAGCUACGUGUGUCGGGUGGAAAUCGAAGGAAUCUACACAGCCGGCCAUACGCUGACGGAGGAUACGGCCACCAUCUGUAUUGUGGCGGCCCAGCUGUCGGAGGUCGAGCGGCACCAUGCGUUCGAGGUGCUGAUCAACAUGGGCGGUGGCGGUAAGCUUAAGUGGCAACCAUGGAGUCGAUACCAUGCCGGUAUUUUCGGCGGUGCGGUCAGCGUCGGUACGGGCAAGUUUGGCGACUACUAUAUUGCCCGCAUCCGAUCGGGCCAUGGGGAGCAUCAUCAUCAUCACGGUGGACACGAUUCGUCGUAUGUGGUGGGAAGCUUCGAUCCAAAUGUGAAGCUAACUGGACGCAUAAAUGCGCCACUGCCCGGGUCGAGCACGAGCACGGAACACGAACAAGGCGACAUCUUGGUGGAAAUCGAACCGGUCAAGUACGAGUUGCGUUCCAUUAAGUUAAACAAGCUGCGAACAACCAUCAAGAAGAACACUACCGUAUUAGGCUCAACAAUUCUCUCCAAUACUGACGACAAAACAAGCCUGGCAGAAACCGUCAUCACGUACGAUUUCAUGAAGGAAAUUUAUUGGGGCAAACACGAAGGUGUUGUGCAGGGUCUCUUCACGAAGGUGUACGAUUCGCGAUCACAGCAAGCGACGAACGUUACCUGGGGCAUCAAGAGCACGUCGCGUCACGUGGAGACCAAAUCGGUUAACACGAUGCUGGAACCGGGAACAGCGAUCAAUGUGACGCUGUUUGGUAACUACACCGAAAUGGAAGCACCCUACACGGCCACUAUCAAGGCGUAUUAUGAUGACAACAGUGAUCCUGUUAGCAGACGGAUCAACACCAUCAUGGUAAGCCGCGAUAUGGAAGAUGUAAAGAUGGAGUACAGUCCAGUGUAUUGGAUCGAGAAUGGUACGCUUGUGCCGACGACUACGACCACCACGACGACCACCACUACGACGACCACUACCACCACAACCACGACCACCACAUCAACGACCGAGGCAACAACUAGCCUGCGUCCAGUACCGAUCAACAGUACCCCGGUGGAGGGCGGUACCAUGAUCGAUGAGGAUGGUAUGAGCAAUGAAAUUGGGCACGCUCCUUCCACCAGCAGAGAUUUGGACGUUAGUCGGAGCAAUGAGAAGCUGGAGGGAUCGCUGGACAACAUGUCCUCCAGCCGCAGCCGUAGUCGGGGUCAGAAUGGUGCAUCGAGCUUACGGGAAGCGACGACCACCAUUAGUAUAUGGUUCGUGGCGGCAUUCGUCCUGUUGUUCCGUCUUAAUUAA